AUGGGCUGUCGUGUUCAGAAAUCUAAGAAUUAAUCAAAUAAACUAUGCCAAGCUCCCCAAGAAAUCCCAGAAAGUGCAAGAAUCGUUCAGGAAAAUGAUGGCCAGACCCAUGGGUAAAAGAGUGAUAUUAGAGAAACAGAAAAUUUUACAUCCCAAUAACAAUAAGUGCAAAUUGGCAAAAGACUUAAACACAUGGCCAGUGGUGACGAGCUCAAUAAAUUCAUCAAUAAAAAACACACCAAUCCCUAAACCCAUUUUGGGUACAUCAAAAACUCCCCAGAAUAAAGAAGAAAACUGUCGUUGAUGAAUAGUCCCAAACUAUGA